AACUCGAAUUGACAGCAAGUUUAGACAUUGAUCAUAAGCUAGGACUCACAUAAUGGUCUCCUACCUCACCUUUCCUUUCUGCUUAUUCUUGUUUUUGUCUCCCUAUGUUCAUGGCCAGAUGUAUCCCUUUCCUUAUGGCCAGCAGCUUGAUUACAAUUUUUACGACAGAACCUGCCCCCGCUUGCCUAUGAUUGUUAAGUACAAUGUCUGGGCUGCUGUAAAGAACGACACCAGGAUGGCUGCAUCUCUUCUUCGGAUGCACUUUCACGACUGUAUUGUUGAUGGAUGUGAAGGCUCAGUGCUUCUUGAUGACACAGAAGACUUCAGGGGCGAGAAGAAUGCUCCACCAAAUCGUAACUCACUUCGAGGGUUUGAAGUCAUCGACAACAUUAAAAUAGACUUGGAAAGAUUUUGCCCAUCAACUGUUUCUUGUGCUGAUAUUUUGACUCUUGCAGCAAGAGAAGCAGUUGUUCUGGCAGGAGGGCCUUAUUGGAAUGUUCCAUUGGGCCGCAGAGACGGAACAACUGCCAGUGAGAAGUCGGCUAAUGAACAAAUACCAUCACCUAUUGAGUCUUUACAGAAAAUCACUGCCAAGUUCACAUCAAAGGGUCUUGACAUCAAAGAUGUUGUAGUCCUCUCAGGCGGACACACCAUAGGUUUUGCUCAGUGCUUCACCUUCAAGAGGAGACUCUUUAACUUUGACGGCUCCGGCAACCCUGACCCAACACUUGAUUCUUCAGUCCUUACAAACUUGCAAAGCAUGUGUCCAAACAAAGAUACUGCAAACAGCAAUCUAGCUCCUCUUGAUUCCAGUACUUACAAGUUUGACAAUGUCUAUUACACAAGCCUUGUUAACAAUGCAGGUCUUCUAGAAUCUGAUCAGGCAUUAGUGAAGGAUCCAAACACUGCUGCAAUGGUUAAUUCCUAUAGUGGGAAUCCAUUUCUUUUCUCUCAGGAUUUUGCUGCAUCGAUGGUGAAGCUUGGUAAUGUGGGAGUAUUGACUGGGCAAAAAGGCCACAUAAGGAAGAGAUGUGGAUCUGUGAACUACUAAAUAUGAUGGUUUCUAAUAUGAAUGUCAGUUACUUCGGAAGUUGAAAGUUUGUAAUGGAACCAUGAACAUAUACAAUAUGAAUAAGUAGUUUGGUGUUCUAGUAUUGACAACAUAUAUAUGAAUAAGUAGUUUGGCGUUUU